AUGGUCGAUAGUAGCAUAAACCGGGAUGUUAUUUCUGAAAUUGACAUUAAAUCUCCGCCUAAUUUUAAUGUUGGAUCACCUGAAACCUUAAAUGGCAGAAGUUUACCACCUGCUGACGCUGUAUUGCCCAAUGUUGUGACAGGUACUGGUAUCCUUACUGGUUCAAACUUUGGUGGUAUAAACAUUGCUAAUAACAACAUAGAUGGUAUUAAUUCUGAUGUCGGUUCCGGAAUCAAAGGUUCAAAUACAAUCAAUGGUAUAAAUUCAUUGUCAACAAUAGAAAAAACUGGACAAACUAACAUUUUGAAAAUAAAUGACUUGAAAAAUGUAGAUGUUCCCGUGGGGGGUAAUUUGUUAAAUGGUUUGAAAAACGAUGCUGUAUUAUUGAAAGAUACGACUGUAAAGAAUAAUGAGCAUUUGUCUUCAUUUGAACCUGGUGGAUUAAUUGUUGGUCAAGACAUUGUUAUUCAAAAUACAAAUCAUGAAAAAGCAGCAUCUGGAAGAGAUGGCAUUCCAUUUUCUACUAAACUCGAUGGAAUAAGAGAAAAUUUGUUAAAAACUGCAGGUAUUAAAACUGCAAUAAAUGGAGGUUUAUCAAGAUUACUUGGACCUAAUAGUGAAAUUUUCUUUCCUACACUUAAUACAAAUGGAAAUGGAGCUUCGUCUUUUGGGUUAGACUCUGCUCUUGUAUUGAAUGGGAAUCGUCAAAAUGGUUUAGAUAUCACACACUUAGGUACUGUUAAUAUUGGGGAAGUUCUGAGAGAAGGAUUAACAAGCCAAAUUCCAUUUAUUAAUAACGAUUUUAAUGAUAAUGUGAUUUCUAGUACGUUUUUACCUGUUGCAAUUAGAAAUGAAAUAAAUAACAUAAAUACCGAUUGGGCUUUUCCUGGAGAUAGACCGAAUAAUAUAAAUACAGACUGGACGGUCCCUGGAAUUAACGAGUUAAAUAAAGAUGGAGCUGUCAUUACAAAUGGAAUGGUACUUACAAAGCUUGCAGAAUUUGUAAAGGUCAAAAACAAAGGAAAUACGAUUGAUUCGAACGUUGAUCAAAAUAAUGGAAGUUCUAUUCAGGAAAAAACCGUAAUACUUUCACAUACGAACAAAAUUCCGGAAAAAACUCUUUUUCAUCAAGUUUUACCAGAAUUUAUUCCUCCGAAACCAAAAAUCCCAGUUUCUCUCCAAAAAGUUCGUUUGGAGUUAAAAAAGAAAAAUUCACAGACUUUUGUGUUUUCUGAGCCAUUGCCAACUGAUAUUUGUUUAGGUUGUAAAAUGGAUGGAGGUGUUGGAUACACUAAUCAUCCCACAUCAUGUGACCGAUUCGUUGUCUGCUACCCAACAGAUGUAGGCAUCUUAAAGCCUGUUACCCAGCUUUGUCCGUAUGGUUUGUUCUGGAGUCAGUCAGCACUAACAUGUAAACUAACGAAAGACGUAUACUGUCCACAUGAGGUUUGUAAAUCCCAGGCUGACAAGUAUCAAUAUGCAAGCAAAAGAACAUGUAGGUCGUACUGGGAGUGUCAAGGUGGAGUCUCUGAACCACGGUGUUGUCCUUGGGGACAUUCAUAUCUUGAUGGGCGUGGCUGUAUCGAGGAUUCUACGUGUGAAAUUCCAGAUGUUGCUUGUAGUGUAGAUCAUAAAAGUCUUCUUAUCGAAUGGGGAGGUAUAUGUGACAAACGGCCAGUUCUGGGGAAGAGAAGUAUCUAUGAACGCAGAGAUGGGUCAAAAUGGAUCAAAGAAAAAUGUCCACCUAGAUGGACAUACCAGAUUGAAUUAUGCGAAUGUGCAAAAAUAUCCGAAUUAGUCCCUUCUAGUUAUACAUUUGAAGACCACACGUGUGUUCCUGAGAUUUACCUCCCUUUUACCAAUGAUUUCUCAGAUCAUUCAGGAAAUAAUGUGUAUGUACGUGUUGAUAAUGCUAGCUUAACUUCUGGAGCUGCCUGUUUUGAUGGAAAAAGUGCUAUUGCUAUUCCGGCUUUUGCCAACAUGGACUAUGGUGGUACAUUUCACGUACAUGUACGCUACAAACAUCGGGACGUAACAACUAAUCUACAGUCCCUUAUCUUCAAUGGAGAUUGUAACAAAAGUCCAACAUUAAUUAUAGGAACGAAAAUGUCCGGGAACCACCUUUCUCUGCUUACAAAUUUAAAUGAAGAAAAGAAAAUGUGGGUUUCAUCAAAGAGACCACUUACAGACUGGCGAGAUGUUUGGCUGAAGUUUGAGAGAGGGGAGUUAAUUCUACAAACAAAUGACCACACAAAUAUGGCUCCAUUGAAUGGAGCAAUUGCUAGAUCAGAAUGCGGCAUGAAGAUAGGGUGGGGUAAAGGAUAUGAUAAUUUCAUUGGUUGUAUUGACGAAGUAUCAAUACAUAGAUGUCAUCCAAAAGUCAAGUGAAUAAAUCAUGAUCCACAGGUAAAACUACGUCCAUCAAUGUCCAUCAAGGUCCAUCUGUGUCAUGUUGUGAUUGAUUUCUCUGAUUAUUUUAUAUCAUGAAAUAUAACUUAUUUAUUUGAUGUCCCACACUAUGAAUGAUUUAAA